UUUUUCAAUCAAAACUAUUUUUUCUAAGGUUCGAAACUUUACAACAUUUGAAAAAGCAUUUAGUACUGAAUGGAAACCAAAUCGACGACAAGCAACUACUCGUUCAGCUAUAACAACAUAUAAUUUAUUGCGAGGUCUUUUAACAUUUCAAGAACGAUAUCAACGUGCACCUGCAUUAGCAACACAAGAUAUUGAUAUAUCAAAUUUAAUGAAAAUACUUCAUGAAAAAUCAAAUUCAUCAGCUGCUUCUUCUUCUUCAUCAUCAAAUGAUGAAGAAUUUAAUGAAGAGUUAAUCAAGGAUAUUUUAAUAGAUAAUAAUGCUGUCGCAUCAAUUGUCGGUGGUAUAAUGAGUCAUGAUAUAGUCAAAGUAAUCUCAAAACAAGAACCAAAAGAUAAUUUCUUCUUUUUCAACGGAUUAUCAUGUGUUGGUUUAUCAAUACCAAUUGCUUGUUAA